AUGAACUGGGUCGGGGGCUCCCGGUGGUUCUCCUAUUCACACAAAAGAACAAGGGGUACCAGAACUUUUGAGGCCUCUGUCAUCUAUGUGUGCCGAUGUGCCUGGACCUGGCCAGGAGUGUCGCGUGUGGGGUCUAUACAUUUCUUGGAUAAUUGUGUAUUUUGCCCUCACUUCCUUUCUAGGAGCAGGGUUCUGAUCAAGCAGGACAGGAGAAAGCAAAAGGAAUAUUUUGAGAGGAACAGGUUAAAAUCAAAAAUGAAAUUACUGGGAGUUUUGCCUCCUGCCAAAAAUUCUACUGUCAGUUUAGAUCUUCUGAACCUCUACAUGGUAAAUCAGAUAUCAUGCAAGAAGAAGAUACCUGAGACUGUGAAGAAACCAGUCCACGUGAAUAUGAAUAGAGACAUAAAAAUUCCUCUAAGAAAGCACGAUUUAGAACUUCCAAUGUCACCUAAUUGUACACCUUCUAAACUCUGCCUUGAUGAUACAGAAGACAAUAUACACUCUCGGGAACUGGGUAGCAAGGAAAAACAUGACCCAGUUCAGUUGUCGCAGCACAUGACAUACAGUGUGUUUGAACCGCAGUUCCAUAGAACAGAAAACUACAGUUACCCCUCAUCAUCUUUUUGUGCAGAGUUGUCUUCUAACAGACACAGUCCAAGGCAGACGUGUACUCCUGGAGUAGCACCAAGUCCUUGGGAAGCUGCAUAUGAAAAAACCCAAAAUGAGCAGUAUUACACUAUCUUAAUAGCAGAUUUAUGUCCAGGAAAUGAAAAUUUUCUUACACCUGCUAAAACUAUGAGUGUGGAUUAUAGAAGCAUGAAUAUAAACAGUCAGUCAGACUUCAUUACUAAAAACCAACCAGUACAAGAUAUUUUGGGAGAUAAUGGAAAAGAAUUUUCAAGUUUUUUUGGAGACAUGACCCAGCCAACUCAUAGGUUUGUGUUAGAGAAUGAGGACUCUUUUGUUAAUCAAAAUAUCAUCAACUUAUUAAACAUAGAUCAACAAAGAAUAAAAGAAACUUUUGACAAGUGUGGUCAUGAUAAUUUGGGAGAUACUUGUGCAGUCACUCAUUCUGAAAACCAUCCCAUCAAUGGAUGCAUUAGAGGCAUUUUCACAGCUCCAGAGCCAACUUUUAGCUGUUACUCAGAAUCAUGUCAGUCAAGCAAGAACUAUCAGAAAGAGUACAAUGAUGAGCUAAAUGAUGUUAAUACAUGUUUUGAGAAGAAUUGCUACCCAGCCAACUCUGGAAAAAAAGGAAAACUUAAAAAUGAUUACCAGGAGAAGAUACCACAGAAAAAUACCCAGAAAUAUCUAGAGAACUAUAUAAUAGAUAAUCACUUCCCAGUAAAAAACAGACUUCUGACUAGUCCACCCAUGAAGGAUUUGAUGGAAGAAGGAGGAACAUGUUCUUUACAAGGGAGGCCAGUAUCUGCUAAAAAAACACGUCUUGAUUCUUCACAGAGCAGUCUGUCUGCCAGUUAUUCUCCAAGACCAACAGAGAGUUCUUUCAGUUCUAGUUCAGAUAUGCUAUCUGAAGAUGAAGGUCAACUAUCACAGCAAAUUGAAGAUUCAAAUAAGAUAUCCCCGAAGACUGCAGAAACAGUUAAAAGUUUUUACCCAGAAAGGAUGGGAAAAUGUAUGGGUGAUCAGAUUGUUAAAGAUAAUGCUGAAGUUCACACACAGAAUGAGAGUUCUCAUGAAGUAUCACUGAAAAAUAAUACAGAUGAAUGUCCACAGUCUCAGUGCAAUUCCACAUACAUAGAGCAGACCCCCUCCAAUAAUAACUGCAUUGUUCAGGUUCCAAGGUGUGAUGCUGGGGUGCAAACAGAGAGAAAACCCACACUGGGAAGACAGAUAGAUGCUGCAGUACAGUGCAGCAUACUUUCAGAAUGUGUGUGUAGAAGCAGUGCUGUUGACAGUAGCGAAUGUUGCAGUGAAAAUAUUAAGGAAGAUACCACUGGAGGGCAGGAGAGCCUUGAGUAA